GGCAAGCCCUCCUCCUGGAAGUCAGAUUGGGCUUUUUCCGAUUGGACAGGCUCGAUGGUCCAACCUAAACCCAUCCUCAUAUACGGUAUAUAAUCACUUUCCCACAGUUUCUUUGGCGGGAAAACGGAGCUGCAGAGAGAGAGAGAAAGAGAAGAGAGAGAGAGAGAGAGAGAGAUGGGAGAGGAGGGAGAGGCUGGGAUUGAGCAGGUGGAGGAGGAGUUCACGGUAUGGAAGAAGAACACUCCACUUCUCUACGAUCUGAUCGUUUCUCACUCACUCGAAUGGCCAUCUCUCACCGUCCAUUGGCUUCCAUCGCCUCCGCUACCCGUCUCCACAGAUGGAUUAUUCGCUGUACACAAGCUGAUUCUAGGGACCCAUACAUCUGAUGAUUUCCCAAACUUCCUCAUGGUCGCCGAUGCUCAUCUCCCCCUUAAUCCGGCCACGGCACCGGCGACUGAUCCCGACCACGACUCUGCGAUUCCCAAGGUUGAGAUAAUACAAAAGAUAUAUGUUGACGGAGAAGUGAAUAGGGCACGCUGUAUGCUUCAGAAUCCAUCUCUUGUUGCAGCGAAGACUAGUGGAUCUGAAGUGUAUGUAUUUGACUGUAGCAAACACACAAUGAAUGAGAAGGGGGGAUCUUGUGAGCCUGAUUUGAGAUUGAUGGGUCAUGAUAAAGAAGGGUAUGGUUUGUCGUGGAGUCAAUUUAAGGAGGGUUACCUUUUGAGUGGUUCAAAUGAUUGCAAAAUAUGUUUGUGGGAUGUGUCCGCUAUGCCUCAAGAUAAAGUGCUCAAUGCAACACAUGUUUAUGAGGCUCAUGGAAGCGUGGUUGAGGAUGUAGCAUGGCACUUGAAGAAUGAAAACUUAUUUGGGUCUGCGGGGGAUGAUUGUUGUCUAAUGAUUUGGGACAUGCGCACGAACAAACCCCAGCAUUCUGUCCAAGUUCAUGAGAAAGAGGUGAACUACCUAUCUUUUAAUCCAUACAACGAGUGGGUUCUGGCUACAGCUUCUUCAGAUACUACAGUUGGUUUGUUUGAUAUGCGGAAGCUGACAUCUCCAUUGCAUGUUUUGAGUAGUCACAUGGAGGAAGUAUUCCAGGUGGAAUGGGAUCCUAAUCAUGAAACUGUUUUGGCAUCCUCUGCUGAUGACAGAAGAUUGAUGGUUUGGGACCUUAACAGGAUUGGGGAUGAGCAGUUGGAAGGAGAAGCUGAAGACGGCCCACCGGAGCUUCUUUUUUCUCAUGGCGGUCACAAAGCAAAGAUAUCUGAUUUCUCAUGGAACAAGAAUGAACCAUGGGUUAUUUCGAGUGUUGCUGAAGACAAUUCGCUUCAAAUCUGGCAAAUGGCCGAAAGUAUUUAUCACGAUGAUGAUGAUGAUGAAGGCAAAACAUCAUCCUCUAGAUAAAAGCUUCAAGUGUAAAAGGAUAUUAGUAUGCAUCUUUCAGCCUAGGAUAUUGUUGUACUUGAAACCCUUUAACACUGUCGCUUUUUAAACAUAUUUUUCUCAAAGUUGGUUUUGCUUGCGUGCUGGUUGACUGGGCCUUUCUCAAAAUUGGUGGCCUCUGGACAAAGGAGUAAACUUCAAUUUAAUCAAUUUAAUCUACCA